GUGAUCAAAAGUCCUGGCGUGCAUGCACUUGGAGUUCUGAUGGAUGGACAACGUAAGUAGUGGGGGUGGUCAGGGUGCGGGUACUACUGCUGAUUGGCGUCGGGGCUGUCGAGGUUGCGCUCCCCAAGGCCUACCUUCCGCCCCGAAUCAGUACACCGAUGACAGACGGCACCAGCACACAUGACAGCCGAGAAACUUUCCACAAGUAAUCCGUCUGUCAUGUCGCCAGCACCCACCGUGCUCUACCCGUUGACCCUUCCGGGCCUGCUUCACUACCUUCUCACUACACAGUCCGACACAUGUCCAACGCUGCUGAUCGUAUGCUCGAGCCGAGACGUAUUCAUCCAGGACCUUGCAAGCUCACUGCAGAAUCACGACCGUCAUGACACGCAUAGUCUAGAGCAGCUGGUCGCGCCCACUCUUCACAACUUACUCACGACACGGCAUGUCAAACUCGCCUUCUGCGCGUCUGUGCAAGCCUUGUUAGCCUACUUGACUGCAUAUGGUCGGUCUGGAACUAAUCUCGCCGACGAAGCCGACGAAAGGGAAAGGGUCGUUUUGGUGAAUCCACUCGCUCUACAUGCGCCCACGUCUUUCUUCUCAGCUCAAGGCCUGUCUAGAUGCUUUGCCGCAGCGGCCGAGGUUGCGCUCAAACCCGGUGUAACGCUUCAUAUUGUCGAGUGUGAGGGAAAGCGCGGGCAUCCGGACGAGCACAAUGAUGAGGACGCAGACAUGGAAAAUGAUCCCCCAGAGCACUCCGCUGAAGCGCAGACCCAGGAUCCAUGGGAACAGGAAAUCUCCAUCUUGAAUGUGUCAGCCCGCAGAUUCGGAUCUGGCAGCGGCGAGCGAGCUUGGGUAGGUCGCACUACCAGGGCCAAGUGGGUAGCAGCAAGGUGGUUUCUCUUCCACAGCCUCGAGAAUCAACAACCACACGCAGACCAAGGGUGAACAAUAACGUGCUCUAGUGAUCAUGAGUAAAAGGAUCCUGCAGUUUUGAUUCGCCGUGUAUGCGCCAUCAAGCCGGACUGAUUGAGUCCAUCUACAUGGCCGUCGCUUCGUUACUUCGUGGGAGCCUAAGCUGCCCUGGAUAUCCAUCGCUUCCAAUCGAAAGAAAAUGACACCUUCCGCCACAUUGCUACAUAACUCCCCCUAUUAGCCAAGCUUAUGCAACCCCGUUUACCAAUCCUUCUUGAUGUCGAAAGACCAGGUGAACUGCAGAUGAGUCUGCUUGUCAUCGUCGACGAACUUGGAGACGGCGGUGUAGUGGCCACGGCCGAGCAUACCGGAGGGAGCGGUUUCGGGU